CCCAAAGUCGUCACGUCUCCCGGCGACCUCACGCGUUCCUUCCCACAAGCUUUCUAAAGCUUACCUGUAAUCUCAACAGCACCACUGCAGCCAUGCAUCCAGGCGACCAACACAAGCUCCCGGGCUACACCCAGAAUCCGUACGAGGAGAAGCAGAUAUCACCCUACACCGCGAUCGAGAUUGCGACGCUGCAGGCAAAGCUUAGAUCAACAGCUAGGGCCGAAUUCAAUCUCGUCCAGGCCGGUCCGGUUCGGGUCACACUCAAGGACGGGACGUUCCAUGAAGAUGUUGGGUACGGCCAAAUGGAGAACGGAAAGAAGGCACAGGUUUUUGAGAAGGCAAAGAAAAGAGGAACCACAGAUGGUCUCAAGAGAGCACUGCGAUCGUUCGGAAACGUCCUCGGGAACUGUCUCUACGAUAAGGACUAUUUGGCAAAGAUCACCCGAGUGAAGGCACCGCCUACUGUGUUCAACGAGAAGAGACUACACCGACAUGGCGAUGAAAUGAAGCCCAGCCCUGAAGUAGCUACCCCCCUAGAGCCAUUUGACGAGUACGACGACAGUGUCUUUGACGAUGUGAUGCCCGACGAGGUCGCCGUCGACGUAAGGAUAAUAGUCCUAUCGAUACACCAUCAAAACCUGCUCCUCAAACCGCCACAAUCUCCAACCAAGAUGCCUCAGCCGCGUCAACAGCCAGCACCAGUGCGUUCGUAUGCACCUCCUCCACCAAUCGCUGCCCCUCUCAGGCCGGGUCAAGGCACGAACUUGGGUCCUCAACAAGGCCCAGGCCCACCAUGCUCAGUCAAGGCCGGCUGCCCCACGGGCCCAGCCGCCGCCUCAGGCCGCUUUACGAGCCCCACCACCUCCCCAAGCCGGCCCACGUCAACAACUCCUGCUCCAACUGUACCGCGAGCUCCACAGCCUCCUCCCCAAGCUGUCCGCGAGCUCAACCACCUCCCCAGCCACCAACCACAGCCCGCUGCCGCACCUAUUGACCCUUGCCUCAACCCCCAAGCACCCCCUCCAAUAUCCCGCACAACCCCCGAUAGGUUCUUCACCGGCCGGGCCGCCAUGAACCUCAAAAGCGAGCAAGACAUGAUCCCGACGCGCACCAGCUUUCAACCCACACCGUCCACCACACUCCCCCGUUCCGCAGGAAUAGACCACAGCAAGUCCUCGCCCGUUCCCCGGAAAGUUCUGCAGCAGGGUGGAACACCCAACUUCCAGCACCCAAGCUUAACCCCGGACGACAAAUCGGCAUGCACCUGGACGGGCGGAUUCCGUGCUCCCGGACUGGCCGCGGGAACGAGCGGACGGCAGACCGCAUUGGGAAACACACCUGGACACCAACUGAACGGCCAACCACACCCGAACGGAGGUAACGAUCCGAAGAGACCAAGGAACUGAAUCGAUGUUUGAUUAUAUCAAUAUUGUUAGGAGCCUUUUGCUUGGGCUUCUCUAGGGGGUUCUUGAUGAUGCUGGUACUGAACUUAGGGGGGAAUUUGAUCGGAUGCUUACUUCCACUUUAUUUUUACUUUAUUGCUAGCUUGUUUGUUUGUUUGUUACAUCUUGCUUUACCGUAUAAUGUUUUUCUGGCCUGUUACUCUCACAUGAACUUUCAUCACAUCACAUCACUAGAAGCGU